GGAAAAUCUGAAGCUUCCUUUCUCUUUCUUUAUUUUGUUGUUUUAAUUUAAUUUUCUAGAGAUUUUUUUUUAUGUUUCUGUGUAAAAUAAUUCCAUGAUUUUCUGUCUUGGUUUAACUCUGCUUCCACUGAUUUGUCUGAAGAUAUUUGUGUCUCCUCCUUCCCCAACCUUAAAAGUUCUGGUUUGCCUGAGAUAGUUUUAACUAGUGAAAGUGGAUCUUUACCUUCUCCAACCCCACCCCUUUUUGUUUUCUGCUUUAAUUUUUUUUCUUCUUCAGUUUGGGUUAUGGUUUGAUUUAUUACAGUUGGAAACAUUUCUCUUGGAUUGUUGAUGGAGUUCCUCGUCCCACUAGUCCUUUCUCCUUUUUCCUUUUUUCUUUUCCUUCCUCUGUUCAAAGCGCUAGAUAUUUGUUGAUUUGUUAUUUAUUUAUUUAUUUUUUGAAUUUAUCUGAGCUAUAACGUUUGUUUUCUCUUUUUUGUUGGUGUUUUCUGUUGUUUGUGCAGAAAUUCGUACUGGGAAUAUCUGAUGUAUACUUUCUUCAUGGGUUGAAAUAAUUUGAACUGUGAGUAGUUAGCGAAGUUAUGAAGAUGGUGGAGAUAUGGAUCCUAUGAAAUGCGGAUUUAUGAGAAGACGAACGGGUGGAAGUUUCUCUGUACUUUAGACUUCAGAUUGACUGUUAUAAAUUAUUUUUUCAGAGAGAUGGAGCGGUCCUCUGCUUCAACUGUCAGAUAUCGGGACUCCUAAUUAAUCAAUAACUCGUAGAGUGCUUUGGGUCUAUAGUGUUAAUACACAUUAUAGGUGCAGAGAUAUUUUUCUCAUAGAGAUUCCAAUGACGAGCACAUGUGAAAGGUGGAUUGAUCGUCUUCAAUUCUCUUCGUUGUUCUGGCCUUCGCCUCAAGAUGCUCAGCAGCGGCAGACUUUUAAGAUACUGCUUCAACCGUACUGCAAAAUGGACGUCAAUCUUAGUGGCCUUUGUCAAAGUGAAAAUAAGUUCAAAUUACUGCAUAUGUUGAGUAUUUUGGUCAGUUUACAUCAGAAAGGUUUCCUGAAGACAUUGCUGAGCUAAUCCGGAGUCGUUAUCCAUCCAAGGAAAAGUGUCUUCUUGAUGAUGUUUUGGCAAUGUUUGUCCUCCAUCAUCCAGAACAUGGGCAUGCUGCUGUUCAUCCAAUUAUUUCAUGUAUAAUUGAUGGUACAUUGGUGUACGAUAAGCAUAGCCCUCCAUUUAGUUCUUUCAUUUCAUUGGUCUGCCCAAGCAGUGAGAAUGAAUAUUCUGAACAAUGGGCUCUAGCAUGUGGGGAAAUUUUACGGGUAUUGACUCACUAUAAUCGGCCAAUUUACAAAGUUGAAAAUCAGAACAGUGAAGCAGAGAGAAGCAGUAGUGGCAGCCAUGCCACAACAAGUACCUCUUCUGAGAAGGAAGCCUCUUAUUCAUCCUCACUGCAACAUGAGAAAAAACCUAUAAGACCGUUGUCUCCCUGGAUUACUGAUAUAUUGCUUGCUGCACCUCUGGGUAUUAGAAGUGAUUAUUUCCGCUGGUGUGGUGGGGUCAUGGGUAAAUACGCAGCUGGGGGAGAACUGAAACCACCUACAACUGCUUCUGGCCGUGGAUCUGGGAAGCAUCCUCAGCUUAUGCCAUCGACUCCUAGAUGGGCUGUUGCUAAUGGUGCUGCUGUUAUACUAAGUGUCUGUGAUGAGGAAGUUGCACGGUAUGAAACUGCUACUUUAACGGCAGCUGCUGUACCUGCCCUUUUGCUUCCUCCUCCAACAGCAGCUUUAGAUGAGCAUCUGGUUGCUGGGUUGCCAGCUCUCGAGCCAUAUGCACGUUUGUUUCAUCGGUAUUAUGCCAUUGCCACUCCAAGUGCCACACAAAGACUUUUACUUGGACUUCUUGAAGCGCCACCAUCAUGGGCUCCAGAUGCACUUGAUGCUGCUGUGCAGCUUGUGGAACUGCUCAGAGCUGCUGAAGAUUAUGCAUCUGGUGGCAUGAGACUUCCAAGGAACUGGAUGCAUUUGCAUUUCUUGAGAGCAAUUGGGACUGCAAUGUCUAUGAGAGCAGGUAUUGCUGCAGAUGCAGCAGCAGCUUUACUUUUUAGAAUACUUUCACAGCCUGCACUGCUUUUUCCUCCUCUAAGACAAGCUGAAGGUGUUGAAGUUCAACAUGAACCACUGGGUGGUUAUAUUUCGUUCCACAAAAAGCAGAUAGAAGUGCCUGUUGCUGAAGCAACUAUUGAGGCCACAGCCCAAGGGAUUGCAUCAAUGUUUUGUUCCCAUGGCCCGGAAGUUGAAUGGAGAAUUUGUACAAUCUGGGAAGCUGCUUAUGGCCUGAUUCCCUUGAGUUCAUCAGUCGUCGAUCUUCCUGAAAUCAUAGUUGCAACACCAUUGCAGCCUCCUGUUUUGUCAUGGAGCCUGUACUUACCACUCCUUAAGGUAUUAGAAUAUCUUCCUCGAGGAAGUCCAUCUGAAGCAUGUCUCAUGAGAAUAUUUGUUGCUAUUGUUGAAGAGAUUCUUCGGCGAACAUUUCCACCUGAAUCCCCAAGAGAACAGAUAAGAAAGUCGAGAUAUAUUUUUGAGGUUGGGUCCACCUCCAAGAACCUUGCAGUGGCUGAGCUCCGUACCAUGGUUCAUUCACUAUUCGUAGAAUCAUGUGCCUCUAUUGAUCUUGCAUCACGCCUAUUGUUUGUUGUGUUAACUGUAUGUGUCAGUCAUGAAGCCCAGCCCAAUGGGAGUAAGAAACCAAGAAGUGAAAGUUAUCCUUCCAAUGAAGUCACUGAAGACUGGCAGGUAUUAAAUGAGAAGCAAAGGGACACGAGAAAUAGAAAAGUAAAAAAGCAGGGGCCUGUUGCAACUUUUGAUUCUUAUGUUCUGGCUGCUGUUUGUGCUUUGGCCUGUGAACUUCAGUUGUUGCCAUUGAUUUCAAAGGCUGGUAAAGGUUCAGAUUGUAAGGAUGAACAAACUGCAUCCAAACCUACGAAAAUAAAUGGGUCGUCAAGUGAUUUUCGAAAUGGUAUAGGUGCUGCAAUUCACCAUACACGUAGGAUAUUAGGAAUUUUAGAGGCACUUUUUUCGUUGAAGCCGUCUUCUGUUGGCACCUCAUGGAGUUACAGUUCCAAUGAGAUAGUAGCUGCAGCAAUGGUUGCUGCUCAUGUUUCUGAACUGUUUAGACGGUCAAAGGCCUGCAUGCAUGCUUUAUCCAUUUUGAUGCGAUGCAAGUGGGAUAAGGAAAUAUGCACUAGGGCCUCUUCACUCUAUAGCCUCAUUGACAUCCAUGGUAAAACUGUUGCUUCCAUUGUCCACAAGGCAGAACCUCUAGAAGCACACUUAGUCCAUCGGCCAAAACGGAAGGAAUCUCCAGUAAGUUUGUCUGCUAAGAGUCGAGGAAAUUGUUCAAACACUAACUGCUUUGGACCAGAGCAUUCCUUAGCUGUACAGCGUGUUGGUGAUAAUGACUCUGCAUAUUCCAAAUCUUUCCUUAAAUGUGAGAAAGCAUCGCUCUCAAAUGAUGUUUUAGAAAAUACCUUGGGGAAAUGUGUUGCAAAUUUAUCAAUGGAUGCUUCAGAGUUGGCAAAUUUUCUGACAAUAGACAGGCACAUAGGAUUUAAUUGCCGUGCUCAAGUUCUUCUAAGAACUGUACUUGUAGAGAAACAGGAGUUAUGCUUCUCUGUUGUUUCACUUCUGUGGCACAAGUUGAUUGCAUCACCAGAAACACAGCUGAGUGCUGAGAGCACUUCUGCCCAGCAGGGUUGGAGACAGGUAGUCGAUGCAUUAUGCAACGUUGUUUCAGCAUCACCAACAAAGGCAUCAACUGCAAUUGUUCUUCAGGCGGAGAGGGAAUUGCACCCUUGGAUUGCUAGAGAUGAUGAGCAAGGUCAAAAGAUGUGGAGAAUUAAUCAGAGAAUAGUAAAAUUAAUUGUGGAGCUUAUGAGAAAUCAUGAUAAUCCAGAAUCAUUAGCAAUUCUGGCAACCGCUUCAGAUCUCCUUUUACGUGCCACUGAUGGAAUGCUUGUUGAUGGGGAAGCAUGCACCUUACCACAGCUAGAGCUCUUGGAGGCAACAGCUAGAGCAGUUAAGCUUGUGCAUGAAUGGGGAGAAUCCGGGAUAUCAGUUGCAGAUGGUCUUUCAAAUCUGUUGAAGUGCCGCCUACCAGCUACUGUCCACUGCCUUUCUCAUCCAAGUGCUCAUGUCCGUGCUCUUAGCACAUCAGUCCUGCGUGAUGUAUUACAUAUAUCUUCAGUUGACUCCAAUUCUAGACGAGAAGACAUACAGGACAUACAAGAUCCCCACUGCCAAUACUUGAGUUCAGGCAUCAUCGACUGGCAUGCCGGCAUUGAAAAGUGUUUAAUGUGGGAGGCUCGUAGUCGGACUGCAUCUGGAAUGGAAAUUACAUUUCUCAAUGCCACUGCCAAGGAGUUGGGCUGUACUAUUUCUCUUUGAGAUCACCCAAGGAGAUCAGGGAUCAGGUCUUGCCAAAUGUAUUUAAUCCUAGCAUGACUGCCAAUUUAAUUUCAAUAGUAGCAUUAAUUAUCGCUGAACUGCAAUUUAGUCAACAGUUAUUAUGGACAGAAGAUCAUAACCAUCCAUUUAAUCCUUCUCAUGGAAGGAGGAUUUAUAUACAGCAAUGGUGAAGAUAGUGCUGUCAGAUCUAUUUAGUUGUUUCCCAGACUUGACCCCACUCCCUUGUCUGGAGAUGGGGAUGCUGAUCAGGAGUGCCAAUUAAGGCAACAUGACAGCUAACUUGCAACAGUGACUGGGAGGGCUCCAUCACUGUUUGCUGUUGUUCUUGGAGGCACUAUUUACGGUAGGUAAAGGAAGUUUAUGUUUUUCUUUUUCCCCUUCACAGGGAGGUCUCAUUAUGCAAAUCCUAUUUAUAGCAGCAAGUGGUUCUCCAUGCUGUAGCCAAAUUUGAAUGAUUAUUUAAUAAAGUUUGAUGUCUCGAGUA